AUGGAGACCAUCAAGAACGCCGCCAACUACGUCGCCGAGACCGUCCAGGGCACCGGUGCCGAGGCAUCCAAGGAGGCCAACAAGGGUGUCGCCAAGAACGACGACGCCAGCAUUACCACCCGUGCUACUGCUGCCAAGGACGCUGUCGUUGACAAGAAGGAUGAGCUGUCCCACAACACCAAGGCCGAUGUCCACAAGGAGGCUGCUAAGAACUAA